AUGCUGCAUGAAAGUCAGGAGAGGCCUGCAGCGUACGUUGAAGAGCGGGUACUCUACGCCAGAAAUAAAUUUCUCACCACUUCUAAGCCGGCUGUGACAGGCGGAAAGCCCAUAACAGAAGAACUAGCUGUCGAACUACGGUUAACAACAUUCGGGACAUCUGCCUGUCCACCUCGUGGUGAAUGGGUCCGGUCACCGCUAGUUAUGAGGCCCCCAAACCAGCCUCUGUCUUAUGGCCUCGUCGCACCACGUAAUGGCGCUAGAUCCUUACUUUCUGGAUUACAGGCGCACAUUAUUAAAUGGCUGCUUUUUGAUUCGCGACCUUUGACUAAGGAUAAUAAGCCAACGGAACCUCCUGAAGGCUAUCUCCGUCCCUCUGAAGAACAACAGGAAGAAGCACUUUGGCGAGCUUGUAGUGAAGUGAUUUGGCGCUGCGGUGGAGGAUUUAACGCUCAAAAUACAUCGGACACCAAGGUUGUAGUAGCUCUACCCACUGAUACUACUUACGUGCAGCACAGCGCCCAAUAUUAUCAAGAUGGAGUAACUGAGAAGUUCCAAUUAGAAGAAGGAGCUGGCGCCUUACUGUUGUUGUACGCUGCCGUGUUGUCAAGGGGUUGGGAUAAGUGA